UAAAAGGGCAAUUAGCAUGCCAAGAGUGUUCAGUGGUGUUGUUUACAGUAGUAUAUGUUGUGUUUCUAAAUGAAGAGAAAAAUGCUAAUAAAUAUAAGUUCUCUAUUUAUUCUUCACCUUGUUGACAGCAAUUAGUGCACUAAAUGUUUGUCAAAUCUGCAAAUGUUAGGUCUCCUCCAGUAAUCCUUUUCUCGUAUAAUUAAUUUUGCUGGACUUUCCUUUUAUAUGUUGAAAUAUAUCAAUUGCUGAAAGCUAACCAAAGAUACCAUUACACCUAAAAUACAUUAUUGAGUUUACCUAAAUAAUAUGUUAUUGAUUUAUCCAUAUGAUAUGAUGAUAAACUGUACCAAUUUGUAGAACAGUUGGAUGAUUCUUAAUCAUGUUUGUCUCCAAACUUAUAGGCAUAAUCAUCCUUCUACACUUUCCUUUUUGGUUUCAUUAUGUUUGGUUAAUGUGGUUCCUCCUUGGAAUAAUGAAGAUUGGGACCCGGGGCAGUUAUCACCAACUCUAACGAAUGAACAAAGCUUUGGUUUUUCUAUUUGAAAAAAAUAAGAUUCUCUUCCAAUUACUAGAAAUCUGUAAUUGCAAUUUCACUGUUAAUCACCUUGUUAGGUGAUUGAAAACAGUUCCUAACAUGUGCUUGGCUUGGAAGACACAUCUCAUUUUCAAACUGAAUUUAUGAAGUUGAUGGCGCUUAAAUUAUGAGUCAAGGAGACUUUCUUGUAACUUGUAGGAGUUAUUUUCAUUUGUGUUUGGAAGAAAGUUUCCAUUUUCAAACAGAAUUUAUGAAGUUGAUGACACCCAUGUUGUUUUAGGAAGACUUUCUUGUUCUUGUAAGCGUCUUUAAAUUAGUGUUUAGAGAACUUUUCUUUUUCAAACCGAAUUUAUAAAGAUGAUGACUCUGUUAUAUUAGGAAGACUUUGUUGGAUUGUUGGAAUCUUCUCUCGUAGUUGAUGCUCCGUAUUUUAGCCUCUAUGUGUUUGUUUAAAUUUCGCAUUGAAGAAUGGUUCGACAUAUCUAGUCUCAGUUCUAUAUCACGGAAAAGGAUUUCUGUCGCAAUAUGAGUGUAAGGAUAUUGUUUAACAUGGCUACAAGAAGUGGAUCCUCUGAGGUGCCUCAGAAGGUGUCUCCUCGUGCUGUGCGCCAACUAAGGCCUACUACUGUGGACACUGAUUCUGUAUCUUCUUCAAGUCAGGCUAAUAAAUCAUCAAAGGAGAGAAGCCCCAAAGUCACUGAUCGCAGAUCACCCAGAAGCCCAGUUGUUGAGAGGAAGCGCCCCAGCAAAAUAUCUGAAUUGGAAUCUCAAAUUUCUCAACUCCAAAAUGAUUUGAAAAAGGUGAUGGAUCAGCUUGUUUUGUCUGAAUCAAGCAAGAGGCAAGCGCAGCAAGAUGCCCUGGAGUCCAAGGAGCAGCUAUUGGCUCUAUCUGCAAAAUUUGAAGACUCACAAAAACACGUUUUGGAUCUUUGUGCUGCUGGGGAAGGUCGUGUUCUUGAGCUGCAGAAAAUCAUUGAUGAGCGUGAUAUGGCAUGCCAAUCUGAACUUGAGGCCUCCAAAAAGCAGCUCUCAGUUGAGUCUGCUGCCUUGGCCUCUGCAAUGAAUGAGAUUCAGAUGCUGAAAACCGAACUUGAAUUGGUAGCCAAUUGUGAGAGUGUACAAUCUCAACAGGCAAAAUCAGCAGACACGGAGCUACUAAACCUGAAGCAGAACUUGUCUGAAGCUCUUUCUCUUGUGGACACCAUGAAAAACCAACUAAGGGAUUACAAAGAAUCUGAAGCUCAGGCCCAAGCAUUGGUCAAUGAAACCAUGUUGCAACAUGAAGCUGCAAAAAAGUCUAUUGAGAUUCUAAGAGCAGAUGUUGCAAAAGCUGUUGAUGCCUACAACACUAUUGCUUUGGAGUUGGACCAAUCCAAAGCACGGGUAAACUCACUAGAGGCCCUUGUUAGCAAGCUUCAGACAGAUCCCAUCAGUAGCAAAUUUGAACACCAACCUGAAAUAUGGAUAGAGGGAGAGGGUUCUGAUGAUCUAGAAGCACAAGUUAUUUCUUUGAAGUCUGAGGUUGGACGCCUGCAAUCUGCCGUAGAGACUGCUGAGACUAAAUACGAAGAAGAAAAGAUUCAAAGCACAGUGCAGAUCAGGAGUGCAUAUGAGCUGGUGGAGCAGAUAAAAUCUGAAACUGGUAAGAGGGAAGGUGAGCUAGAGGCCGAGUUGAAAAGGAAGAAAGCUGACAUUGAAGAGUUGAAGGCUAACCUAAUGGAUAAGGAAACUGAGUUACAAGGCAUUGUGGAGGAGAAUGAGAAUUUGAACACCAAGCUCCAAGAGAGCAUGUCAUCCAAAAAUGAGCAUGAACUCAAAAGGGAAACUAAAAGACUAGAAGAAUGUGUGGCUGAACUGAAGUCAGAUAUGAUGGACAAGGAGACAACACUGCAAAGCAUAUCUGAGGAGAAUGAAAUGCUGAAGAUGGAAAUCAACAAGCUCUCAGAUGGUGGCAAUGUGAGUGAGGAAGUUGCAGCUGAGGUAGAGGGAGCUAAGGCCGCAGAACGAGAGGCUCUGAUGAAACUUGGGAUUGUGAUGGAGGAAGCAGAUAGGAGCAACAAGAAGGCUGCAAGAGUGGCUGAGCAGCUAGAAGCAGCACAAGCAGCAAAUUUAGAAAUGGAAGCAGAACUGAGAAGACUAAAGGUGCAGUCUGAUCAGUGGAGGAAGGCUGNAGAGGCAGCUGCUGCUAUGCUUUCAUCAGGAAACAAUGGGAAACUNACAGAGAGAACUGUGUCUCUGGAUAACAACUACAAGUGCUCACCCUAUGCUGAAGACAUGGAUGAUGAUUUCCAGAGAAAGAAAAAUGGCAACAUGCUGAAGAAGUUUGGGGUCUUGUGGAAGAAGCCUCAAAAAUAGUGAGUGUCUGAUUUUAUGUAUGUUAUGUUCUGAUCAAUAAUAGUGUGUUCAUGUGAUGUUUAUUUAUGUUGUUUUCAAUUUUGUCUCAUUGUAAAUCCUUCUCCAUCCUAAACUGUUUGUGAACUGUACUUCAAAUGCUGGUGUUUAGUUAUUGAAUACAUUAAGCUUCACAUGAUGCACA